AUGUCCAAUCUAAUUCGAACGGGCCCAAGUUUGGGUUCACAUCAAGAUAAGGAAAGGACAACAAAGCGUCCGCACAAAGCUCGUUUACCAGUUCUCCAAAGACUCUCUUACAGCGUUGGACAUUUUUUAAACGAUGCGGUUGUGACCGCUUGGUCCUCGUACUUGUUGGUUUUUCUUAUAAGAGUGGUAGGCAUGUCUAACAGAACAGCGGGAUUUUUAUGGAUUGUUUCCAAUUCAGCAGAUGCUACCUCUGGAGUCUUAAUCGGUUAUAUCUGCGAUAGGCUAAAUCUACCAUUUCUCUCUAAAUACUACGGCAAGCGAAAAAGCUAUCACUUACUGGGGACAGUCCUAGUGGCCGGAUUAUUUCCGCUUGUUAUGAUGCCCUGUUUCGUUUGCGGUGAAGAUUCGUCUCAGUGGGAAAUAGGACUAUAUUAUGGCACCAUCAUGUUUGUGCAUAACAUUGGAUGGGCUUUGUCGCAAUGCACCCAUUUAGCUCUUAUACCUGAAAUUGCACAACGACCCAGAGAAAUGGUGGAGCUACAAGCUUUACGGUAAGUGCCUGACUAUUGUCGUUAUAAAUAAGACUUUGUUUCAGAGCUUAAUGGGAUCAGAGGAAACUGUAGCGAACUUGAAAUAUGCUUGCAUCAAACGGGUAGCCUCAUGGUUGCACGGACCUCGAUUUGCGAUGACUCGUGUCGACUAGCGUCUUGACCGCGCAAUAAAAAUGGCCGCGAAUGGUAGUCUUCUGCAAGCAGACCGGCACUUAAGAGCGUUAAUCUCAGCGAAAGGAAAAUAACAUCGUGUUUAAUGCGAACAUAAAUGAAAUAUUAGAAGAUUCUCUCUUGCAAUAAGUAAGUAAAAGGCGUUUAACUGAAAGCGGAUCACCAAACCAACUUCAGUAAGCUGAAAAUCUGAAGUUUUUGCUAGCAGAUUCAGACCUUCAAAGAUUAUGCCGGGAACUGUUUACUGUUUGUCUUGAAAUUAAACUUACCCGCUGCUUAGAGGAAUGUUGUGUGGCGUGAGGUUGAAAUGACCGUCAAAAACUUGCUUCGAACAAGUUUAACUGCGGCGCCAACACAAGUAUUACACGUGCUAACCAUACGCCCUUCGGACUUGCAAAUACGAGCUAAAGAGCCUUUAAAUAUAGACGUAACAUAUCAGUGGGGUUUUAAAAAUACACCCCCAUCAUCAACUAACUACCCUCAGCUGUAAAUAUUUCAUUCAUUUCCGUUGGCAGAGUGACCUCAGCUCAUUAACCUGACCGGUGAUAAAUAUAAAUUGAUUUCGAAAUGACAGUUAAACUUCCUCUAUAGAAUGAGUAAAUCACUUUUUUUUGAUUCAGACAAUUUAGAGUGCAUGGCUUAUAAUUUCCAUGGUAUGGCUGACAAUAUAGUAAGGAAUUGCGUCUUUUUAUUGAGCGAUUAAUUUUGAAGGCAGGAUGCGGAAUGGCUAAAGCCUAUUUUAACCCAGUGGGCCCCGAUUACGACGUGCAUGCAGUUUAGAAUUGGGUUUCUCAAUGCGUGUCAACAUGAAAAAGCCAAAAAGUAACUGCCUGACAUUUAGUUCAGAUGGGCCAUAACAAAAAAAUUUAUAUAUACUGAAAUAGCUUUGACUCCUAUCUCCUUAUUCCCGCCAAUUCUUUCUUAACACGCCUUGCUCACAAUGGCUUUCUUAGCGUCUUUUCUGUAUUUGACGGCUUAUAUAGUAAAACUGUUCUUCACGGACAGCGAUAAUUAUAUCAUUCGAGAAUGCUUGCUACCUUCCAAACAAAUUUUGCUCGGGACAUCUUCCACAAAUUUAACGAUACGCUGGAAGUUCGGGAAAAAUACGGUUUUCUUACCUCUCAUCCAACUCGUGCUACCAGUAAAACAAGCUUUUAGAUGAUGACUGAUCAGUUAGCUAACGCAAAACCUGUUUGCAAAAUGUUGCAUAAUUGCAGUAAUUGUAGACUUUGACAGAAUGACGAUCAACAUAAUUGUCUUGUAAAUAAAAAUAAAUAAUUGCUUCACUUAGCAGCAAGUCAACCGAAAUCAAUUAAAAAAAAAAAACUAAAACUAGGAAUUGGGGACAUUUUGUGUCCUUAAGCGUUUUGCCCGCUCACUCAUGGAUAUGACCUAAAAAUCGAUCCCACAAUGCAAUCCUUGGAUCACGACGUUAUCACUCUGAGAGGAUAACAUCACCGUUGUUGAUUUUAAAUUUCUUUUUCACUUUUCUUUUAGGUCAGGAAUAACUUUUAUCAGCGGUAUCUUUAUGUACACUAUCACGUGGAUUCUAUUGAAAACGGACGGAGGAGACCAACGAAUCUCGCCUAGUCAGUGGAGGGACUUUAUGGUAAAGUUGAUUUCAUGUGAAUACUCCUGUCACUAAUUUGAAUCAAAGUCCGCGCUAAAGAUGACAACUGACAGUCUUUCAAAACUUUACAAAUUCCACCUACCUAAACAGGGUUGUUGAAUUGUGGAAACCAAAACAACAACACUUGCAAAGAAAACAAGUCAGUUUCAUAAUGAUUUAUAUAUUUUUUUGUCAACUUUUUCAGGAAAUGGCUUUAAUUGUUGUGGGAACAGGAUGUUUUUUCUGCUUUGUUUUCCACCUGGGAACCAAAGAGUCUCCUACAGAGCAACUAAGCGACAAAGGUUAGUCAAACAAAACUACUCCUUUCAGUCGCCCUAAAAAUACCCCGUUCUAAAAAAUUUUUUUUUACUCCGUUCUAUACUUGUUAAGGAACCAUUUUUAAAAAAUCUGAAAAUUUCAAAUGGCAAAACUAAUUCGAAAAAUACCCCGCUCUGAAAACGAAAUGGAAUAAAUGCUUCAAAAAACCCCUAAUUAGGUAAAAAAGGAUAAAACCACGGAACAUGAAAAUCAAAAUUUAACGAAAGAAACGAAUAAUGGUUAAAACCUCAAAAUUUACAGAAACGAUGGUUCUCAUCUUCUUGAUUGUGAUUUUCUUCACUUCGACCAGACGUUUCUUUCCUUUACGCGAGAGACAUUAAUUUGAAGAUAAUAGGGGAGUAUAAUAUCUUCACAGUCUGCUUGAGUACCUCGCAUGGGAUUUUGUGCUUGAUCACUGAUGAAACUCCUUGUUUCGCGAUUUUCUGAGAAAAAAACCUCAAGAAGUCUUUCGUUAUUAAAGUAAAGUUGAUCUUUUUUGUUCUCAGGUCCUUCUAACGAUGAUGUUGGCCUGAAAGAAACCAAGAAAACUCAGUUGGAUAAUUCCCCCAUUGAGGAACAGCCGACUACCCUUGAUAUUGUGCUAGAAAACACACUUUGUGAUUCCUUUAAUAGGGAAGGUAUCGAGACAUGCGUAAUAGACUUAGAGGAAAGUAAGAGAAACAAGGAUUUUAGUUUUUCAAAUCCUGCCUUCAAAUCUGAACCGACCACGGAUUGUGAAGAGGGUGUUGUCGUUGCCUCGGGAAACAUUCCGGGUUGGGAAGCCAGCGGGAAAGCUACGGUACAACCAAGGGAAGAAAAUGCAUUCAGCUUUUCCAAUCCUGCAUUUAUUAGAGAAGACAAUCAGAGAAACGGUUGCGAAAAGUCGCAAGAGAAGGACGCAGUGGAAGGUGACCCAUCUGAUGAGAAUUUGAUGGAAGAAAGACUUAGUAACAGGUCUGAUUCUAGUGGUUACAGCGAGGGUUACGCCUCGUCACCAGAAACUGAUUCAGUCUACUCCACUGACGGCAGUGUUACAGAGAAUAAACCUCAGGUGGAGCAGGACAACUGCGUGAAAAACGAAAUUUCUUCUCAAGUAAUAACCACGGUUCUCUCACCUUGCGAGAGCCGCGAAAAUUCACUCAACGAACGGACUGAGACGAUUUGCAGCGAAGUUAGUGUUGUUAUUGAAGAAAGAAGAAAAUGUAACAUGAAGAAAAUUAAAGCGAAAAAAACUUGGACUGGCUGGUUCAAGACUCCGAUGUUUUACAAGGUAUUCAGGUUUCCUUUUCCUGUACCUUAUGUACUAUGAAACGUAUAUGAAUUUAUCGAGUAGAAAGGGAGACUUACCCAAAAGAUCGAGUCAGCAGUUGUGAAGUUUGGCUUAUAAUUUAUUACGGUCCUCAGUCUCCUAAAGGGCCAUUAAUGGCUUCAUCCUCCUUAAUGGUAAAUUAAGCCAAUUAAAAUAUAAUUUAUGCAUGAUUGACCAGGCGUGAGGUCAAGCUGGUAGAAUAUUGGCCGGAUCAAUUUUCAUAAAAUAGCCAAAAAAAAAAGAGAGAAAGAAGAAGAAGGAGAUUGGUCAACGUCACAGUCACAACACUAGUCACAGUUACCACACUCGUCAUAGUCACGUGACUCGUCAUAGUGACAACACUGGUCACAGUCACAAUCAUGUGACAAAAUAAUUGUUUUCUUGCGGAAACAAAUCAAGCGGGAUAUCAGGAGCGCGCAAGCAAGCUGGGCCCAGCCGCCGGCUUGAUUAACCAAUCAGAACCAAUCACGAGAAUCAGAAUCAAUCUUACCCGCAUGGCGUAGCUCAACGGCUUAGCUACCAAAAAUUUAGGCACCUAGAACGCGGGAAAUGACCCUUUUUUCUGGUGUAGUAAUUCCAAUGAUAUUAAUUUAACUCAAAAGGCGCGUGGCUCAUCAAUAAGUGUUUUGUUUUGUAUUUAAAUGAAAAAGAAUGUUUUGUAGGAAAAAAAUGUGAAAAAGGGUUGAAAAGGGCCGAAUCGCCCUGCAGUCAAUACAUCUCCGGGUAGCAAUAUUUAAAAGGGAAUCUAUCGUAUGGUCCAAAGGAGAAUUCGAUUUUAAUCAUCAUAUUUUUUUUCUUCAGGUCUCCUUUGCCUUUAUGUGUACUCGUCUAGUCCAAGUAAUAACAGGGUCUUACGCACCGAUGUAUUUGACCGACACGCUUGGCUUUGAGAAGGUAAUGUCGGCCGCAGAUAUUAUUUAGUUUAAUUAAAAAACAAGCUGGUGCUUGUGGAUUAUCAGCUAAAACGACAAGGCGCAGACAGAAAACAGAGACAAACGGACUGAAUACAGUGGGUCAAAUGUGCAAUGAAGAAAAAAGGUGGCGCAGUGGUGAGAACACUUGCCUCACUCACUCCCCUUCCCUCCACCCAUCCCCAAGCUCGCUAGCCCCGGACCAGGCAGACCAGGCUCCGUAGUGGGAGUGGUAGACUUUCCACAAGUCAACCGCGUGAGCGCGGAAGUUAGGGACGCUCGCGAAGCGAGCGACGUAAUUCCCGAAUGACCACCUAACCAGCAGAAAUUGCAAAUCGGUGACUGGGAAGGGGUCCGUAGCCCUUUCCUCCUCCCCAGUCCACCACAUUUUGCUGUUUCAGCCCGUUCAGAGUUUAGUUCCAGUCAGGGAUUCCGUUCUUUAGUUAGAUCAUUUAGAUUUAAAAAAUAUUUUUUGCUCCUGCAGGAGUCCAUCGCUUAUUUUCCUCUUGUGAUCCUAAUCAGCGGUGUUUUCUCGAGCUUAGGCGCUAAGAAACUUGACAAAAUGGUCGGAGCAAAGGUGAGACGAAAAGGAAAGGUUGACAAACUGAUUGAACUACUCUAGCUUCAAAGAAAGCACACCGACAAGGCUAAGGCCCGGUUCAAAAAGUCGUAUUUCACAAGUACCGAAUUAACGCAAACGAUUGAUUAAUCGAUCAUUUGCGUUAAUUCGGUGCAAGUGAAAUGCGACGUUUUGAAGCAAGCCUUUGACUUGCUGGUUACAAUAGAUUUUUCCAAUCAGCUCCUGCAUGGUUUUACUCAGUAGUUCCUUAGUCAGACGUCCAUGUAGGAGUCCGUGUUGACUAGUGCCAGACGUUAAUUUUUUUUUAACAGUAUUGUAAAUGAAUGGAAUGGUUUACCCAAUCAUAUUAGAGAAUCAAACAGUAUUGCAACUUUUUAAAAAAUGUUUUAAGUGUCAUUAAGGAUAACUAGAAUAUUUAUAUUUCUAUUUGCAUAUUUUUGCUUAUAUUUUAAUUAGUGGGGCAUCCCUAAUAUGGCGCAUUGGCGCUUUUGGUUGUCUCCUUCUCCACAACUUUUAUUAUUAUUAUUAUUAUUAUUAUUUUUAUUUUAUUAUUUUUUUUUAUGGUAGUGUUAGCUUAUGUGCUUGAAAUGUAGUGGAGUGAAUCUGUUUUAAAAUUAAAAUAUAGACUUUGACUAUGACGCUCUGAGUUUGACUUAGGACUUCGUUAGCGUUUCUGUUCGACGUUUUGGUAUGCAAUCCAUAUAUUUGGUUGGAUAAAAUAAACAUUAAAAAAAUAAGGCAACCGUCACCGCGACAAAUCCUCUCUUGGAGUAAAGUCACAGCUUAUCUGGCCUGCAAAGUGGACGAGAGGUUUCCUUUGCACCAUUGUCAUCCAUCUUUGUUUCUUUUUACACCUGAAGAAAGAUAUAGCUAGGAACUUGAACCUAGACGCCUUUAAGACUCAAAGUGGACCGGUCAUUUUUUAGUUUCCUUUCUUAAACAGGAGAACUGAACUGACUGUACACAUUUUUAUUUUCAGUGGACUUACUGCCUAGCCUCUUCUUUAGUCAUCGGCUCCUCGGCUUGGUUUUACCAGCAAAGCCCAUCGGGAAGGAACGCUGCCUACUGCGCCGCAAUCCUAUCGGGCUGCGGAGCCUCUGUCAUGUACGUGACGUCACUAGCCUUAGCUGGGGAGAUGAUCGGUGACAACAGAGAAUCUGGGGCUUUUGUGUUCGGAUCGACUUGUGCUCUUAGCAAAAUAGCAUGCGGUGGUUCAGUAUUUGUUAUCCAGGAAUUCUUCCCUUCUAACGGGUAAGUAAAUGAAAAAAAAACGUCGCUGUAUUUUUUCAAGUGAAUCGUGCCCGUUGUUUAGUAAGCAAAAUCAAAAUAGUACAUUUAUUGCCGCAAAGGUUCAAAUCUACACUAACAACUUAAGAUUUGUCAGUCUAUAAAUAUUGUUUUAGACAUUUACAAUGUCUUUUUGAUUUCUUCUGUUGAGGGCAAUUUAAUACAGCGACAGGCAGAACAUUUUUCCACGCGGGGAGGUGCGGUGGGGUGCGGGGCGUAUGGGGUGUUGACUAGUGACUUCAAGUGGGAAGGCUGAGCAGACUCUCCUCUCAAAAGUGUUUAGUUUUUGUGGAAAAAGUCACUCAGCCACUCCUCCCCCUUGUUCCGCCGUUCCUGAGAUUAUCUGAAUUAUACCGUGAACAGUACUCAACGCCAAAUGACCACGUGGAUUGAAUUACUUUCCUGUAGAUCCUCUGCAGAGUAUGUUCGAUAUGUCUUCUCAGUGGUUCCUGCCGCUGGUUCGAUUCUGGGUUUCCUUGCCGUGGUAACUUUUCUUCCAGCUACUAUGCGGUGCAGGAAAGUGGGUAAGUUAAGGGGAAAUUAAAACAAGCAAUAGCGUUUAUUUGUUGUUUGUAUCGUUUUGUGAAGCGAGUAAAAUUUUCCACGAGCUAAAAAAGCCCUCGUGAGAAGUCUGGGAACUGAGACAUGCUUAUUCCGUCAGCGCUCGCAAUAUGUAUUUGCGUACCAACUGUUUUUGCCGUUCUUUAUCUUAAUUCCCUCGGGAAAUAUUAAAAACUGAUGGAAAAUUGUUUACUUUAAACUUACCUAAAAAGAUAUAGAAGUACUUGCAAUGACGCUCUUAGUCAAUCGCCAACAGUUAUCAUCACUGAAUAUUUCAUGAAUUUCUCAUUAAUGAAAAGUUAAAUUUAGUUUUGACUCCCCUUUGACUAUUCUUUGAAACACUGACUAAACAUCAAUCUUUUGUUUCGUGUUACAGUCCACACCGUUGAUUCAUCAGUCCAAACAGAGGAUAUGAGCGACGUUCCUUAUGCUUACGAAAAUCCAGCUUUGUACGUUAACAACAGUGAACAGCGAGAAUGCUCAACUUGA